AUGGAUCCUACCAACGACCCCAAUUUCACGCCGCCCUCUCAAAACAGGGACAUCGAGCCGGCUGCACACGCUUCGCAGAUUCCUACCAAUAUCCCCAUUCAGCCAUUAGUUUUAGCCGACUUGGGCGAGAAAAUGGACGCUCCUACUUUGCACCCCUCGGUGACUCACACUGAGAAACCACUGCUGCUGUAUCACCUGAAAAUACCUCGCAGACACACGCAGUUCAACAAUUCACUGAGUGAUGAGGAAUCAUUGCCGCCGCCCACAAAAACAAUCCUUCCUCCAACAAUCAAGGUGCGACUGAGCCAGAUCGCCGACUUGGAGGAGGUACCUCAUGGAGUACAGCGCCAGGCAAAAACAUUGGAGCUGUACAACUUCCCAGUUCACAGAUUGGCAACGACUCUCUCAGAUGAACUGAAAUAUCCUUUGGUGAUCGUGGCUUGUGGGUCCUUCUCACCUAUCACAUACUUACAUUUGCGAAUGUUUGAAAUGGCGCUAGAUGCCAUUCUGGAACAGACUCGUUUCGAAAUCAUUGGUGGCUACUAUUCUCCCGUCUCGGAUAACUACAAAAAGCCAGGCUUGGCUCCCUCCCAUCACCGUGUGCGUAUGUGCGAAUUGGCUUGUGAACGUACUUCUUCAUGGCUCAUGGUAGAUGCCUGGGAGCUGUUGCAGCCUAAAUACACCCGUACUGCUCUUGUUUUGGACCAUUUCAACGAAGAAAUCAACGUCAAGAGAAAGGGAAUACAGACUAAAUCUGGUGAAAGAAGAGGCGUGAAGGUCAUGCUCUUGGCGGGCGGUGACUUGAUCGAAUCAAUGGGUGAGCCUGAUGUCUGGGCAGACUCAGACUUGCAUCAUAUUCUAGGGAAGUACGGUUGCUUGAUUGUGGAACGAACUGGUGCGGAUGUCAGAAGCUUCUUGCUCAGUCACGACAUCAUGUACGAGCAUAGACGCAACGUUUUAACCAUCAAACAACUUAUUUAUAACGAUAUCUCCUCCACGAAGAUUCGUUUAUUUAUCAGAAGGGGCAUGUCUGUUCAGUACUUGCUUCCUAAUUCGGUCAUUCGAUACAUUCAAGAGCAUAGGCUCUACAUCGAUGAAACCGAGCCAGUCAAGCAGGUUUUGAACGACAAAGGAGAUUAG